AUGGAUAACGCUAAGAACCAGCCUCUCUCGUCCUUCAUCCGGCCCAGACACAGCGGACAGACCCCGGUCAAUCUCACUCUGCCCCGGGCGAACGAAGCGCCAAAGACCAAAGCAGCCAGCAUUGCGGACAGUUAG